CAAGAAAAUUGUGAAAUAUAAUGGAUUUCAGUCUCAAAAGCAUUUCAUUACUCGUGGAAAUACUAGGAGUCCAACCAAACCUGGUGUAAAAAGAACACCCAAGCAAGCUAAUUGCCACAAAGUGAUGCAUCACAACUUAGGUCAUCGUUUUGGACCUGUAGAGGAAAACAAUGCCUACACAAUAAAAAGUGAGCAGAAACCUCUGUUGCAAGAAAGCCAUGUAGGUGCAGAAACUGCUGUGGAGGACAGUAGACAUUCUAAAUGGUACGUUUCACCCAUCUCUGGGACUAGGAGUGGAGGAAAACAGCUCAAAGGUCUUGAAGAAAAGAGAUGCAAUCAAGAAGUUGAGCUAACGAAGGUCAAGACGGUGUCAGAAGUUCAAGAUGUAAAGCUUGCCAUGGCCAAGGCAAUGUCAGCAGAAAGAAAGAGGUGCAAUCAAGAUGUAAAGCUUGCUAAGGCCAAGACAGUGUCAGCAAUUCAAGACUGUUUGUUUCCAAUUUGCCCAUGGGAACUGGACAAUGACUCAAACACAGAUGUUGCAACUCAAAAACUUGAUCCCAGUUCAGACAGAAAAAAAACUAAAGGGGAGUGGACUGAAGUUGGUCAUGAUCAACAGUUAAGCAAAGUGCAUGUACCAACAUGGAAGUUGCAGGGUAAGGCACAUGAAAAAACAAUGGAGCCAAAAAUACAUCACAGGAACAUUUCAUGUACAAACGCUGAAGUUGCUGCUCAGUUACCUACUAGUACUACAUGUGCUUCAGAUGGCAAACCAUUAAGAGCUGAUGUAGAAGUACUGGAGAAAAAGGGAGAGAGCAAUCAUCUAAACAGGAAAGCACAAACAUACUCACUAUCAGCAGAGAGUGAUCAAGGUGGUUCUCCUAAUGUGAACAUUAGGAAGACACAGAAAAAACAUGACUCCAGACAUGAUAAAGCCAUACACAAAGCUGUACAUGUGAAAAAGGGACUGAGCAAUUGUCUAAGAAGUAAAGUAGAAGCCAAAAUGGCACAAACACAAUCAUUGCUAACAGUCGAUAGUGGGACUGAGAGUGAUUCUAUUAUUUGUCUUGAUACAAACAUUAGAACACAAGAACAACAGGACUCGGGUGACAUUAGACAUGUUAAGACCAUACAUGUGAAUAGAAGUGAAAAUAGUGUGCAGACAAAUGAAGCUGUUGCUGAUACUAGUGUUAGUAUUGACAGCAAACUAUGUGCCAAAAGAAGUCCUGAACAGAUUAAAACUGUCAAUUGUCUUAAAGCUAAAGAAGACAAAGUUGAAGAAACUGAUGGUGCUAGAAGACAUGAGAAUACUUUUGAGAUUGGAAGAAGUAAGAAGCAAAACUCUCCUAAGGAAGGGCAAGAAAAAUCUGCAGGGAAAAGUCCUGAAGGAGGCAUCAUAAAUUGUGCAAGUUUAUAUGAACAACAGAGGUUGCAAAAAGACUGGUGUAAGGAAGAGAACAUUGUGGAAACUUUGCAAAACAAACUUGUCAUAGCAAAAAAUUGUGACAACACAGUAGACUUGAAUGGACCAAUCAGGUCAGCAGACACCUCUGACAUCAUUGAUGAUGUCAUAAGUAGUGUUCAAAAUGGACCAAUCACUGAGAGGAAGGAUUCUUCUGAAGAUGUGAGUCCUGUUCCUGACAGGAUGAAGCAGGCAGCUGCUCCAGUCAACUCCCCCAGGAAAUUUGACCUGGAGGUUGCUGACCUGGUGACCCUUGCACCCCAGGAAUGGCUCAAUGACAAUGUUAUAAACGGUUAUUUUGAGCUGCUGGCUGAGGUCCGCCCUGACGUCUACUGUUUCAACACCUUCUUCUACACCCAGCUGUGCAGGAAGGGGUACCAGGGGGUCAAGAGGUGGACUAAAAAGGUGCAGAUCUUCCAGAAGUCCUUGCUGCUGGUUCCUCUUCACCUUGGGAACCACUGGUGCCUGGCGGAGGUGGCUGUACAGGACAAGCUGCUGUUCCUGUACGACUCGCGAGGGGGCGCUUAUCCUACCUGCCUACAGAGGCUGGUGAGCUAUCUGUGCUGUGAGGCAAAGGAACGGGAAGAGGAAGACUUCACCUGGGGAUGGGGCGGACACUGCAAGGAGGACAUCCCAGUGCAGGAGACCAGUGGCGACUGCGGUGUUUUUGUGUGUCAGUAUGCCCGGUGCAUCGUGGAAGGACGGCGGAUCGACUUCAGCCAGGAUGACAUCACCGAACUCCGCUGUCACAUGACCCAAGAACUCCUGCAGCACAAGCUUCUGUAGUGUGAGGAACACUUUCUGCCUUCAACUUGGAAAAAAUCGGCAAAAAUUACUGAUCUUCCUGUGAAAAUUUCCCACUUAAAAAGCCAUGAAAAUGAAAAUCCUUCAAGUUCAACCAUUUGCAGAAUCUUAAAGAUUUCGUCUUUUCUGAAAACAGCUCUCUAAUCUUUGAAUCGUCUCUUCCGUGCUCUUAAUAGGUGGGAAAAAUUAGCAAAGGGUUGUGAAGUCAAAGACAGGACCUUCAGCCAUAGUAGCUAAAGGGAGUCCUUUCUGUGAUCAGAAGUGGUCACAACUUAUUGCUAACUUGUCCCAAAGAGCACACAGUACACAUUGAUUUAAAGAUUACAUAGAUUCCAGAAAAUGCAUAGCUUUAAUGUGACUGAAAGAGGAUUUGUCAUAGGCAGUUCAAUGUCUUAUGAUCCAACACCAAAAAUUGCAACUCACUAUACUUCAUAUUAGAGCAGUCUUUGGGUAUACAAUAUGAUUUCGCGUAUCCAGGAAAUUUUCAUGGUGACUCGACCAGUGUUUCCUCUAACAAUAUGUGCAAUAUUCUGUUCUGCUGUGUGCAAAGUUUUGUUGCAGCACAGAGUGAGAGACUACUGAAAUGAUGCAGUUCUGUGCCAAAGUUGUUUCCUCUUUUUAUACUUGACAUUUGUUGAUUAUUAUUCAAACAGCAUGAAUUUCCCUGGUACUUUGACAUUCAUAAGUAGAAUUUUACCAAGAGGACAUGAAGAACAGAUGCCUAAAUGGAACAGUUGAAUCUCUUCUUUCAUUUUAGCUUUUUUUUCAUUUAAGAACCAGAUUUAGUGGAUGUAGCCUAACUUUUAGGAUGAAGUUGGCAAAAAA